GAUGUUAGAUCUUUAUAAUCUGGGCUUUGGCUGGGUGAUUUGGGGGAGCUUCCAUGAUUCACUGUGUGAAAGCCUGUCCAGAAAUCUCUCCUGCUACCCCUCCUGACCCUAUAUCAGAUUCUCCUAACAUGCAGUUCUACUGCAGACUCCAUGCCUCUGCUCACGCUGUUGUCUUCUGCCGGGCAAACCCUUAUCGAUCUCUUUAAGGCUCACCUCCUCCACUGUGAAAAACAGAAAAGCAAAACUGACUUCUAGGAGGUUGCCUGGUGCUAUGAGCCAGGCCGUAUGUUUUUGGAAGCUGGCUGGUGCCCACAACAAGGCCAUGUUGUUCUCCUGUUGGACAUAAACAAUCAUGCAGACCACUCACACAAGGGCACUCUGCAGUGGUGAUGAUAGGAGAUGACACGAGACCACAUCAUCAUUCUGUGUAAGGACAAAAGCAAGGUCACUGUGCCACCCACAGAAUACCAGACAUUCCCUUCUCCCAGCUGAUAGGAGUGACUGUGGCUUCUUUACACAUUGUAGCUUUAGCCCUACUCCAGCCAAACCUCUUUCUAGAAAACAUACAGCUACCGGAUGAUAGAAUUUUCCUACCUCCUAUCAGCACUCGAUCCAGAGCAAACCCCUGGACCCUCCCCCAAAUCACCCAGCCAAAGCCCAGAUCCUAAAGGUCUAACAUCCUCUUACUGAUAUGCUCCUCAUGGUGUGAGUCUUCCCUCCUUGCAACAAGUAAUAAACCCAGCUUGCUUGACUACAGAGUGUUUCAUGUGGUCUUUACUGGAGGACAUUCACAACUGUAACAGUAAAAAACGGAUGGUUAUGUUUCUUGGGGGAAGUUAAGGGAGUCUCAUUCUGAGGGCUCCCAUUUUCUAUGUUAAGCAAUAGGUGAAAUUAUCUUCUUUAUUUAUUUUUUGAGAUGAGUCUCACUCUGUCACCCAGGCUGGAGCCCAGCAGUGUGAAUAUGGCUCAAUGCAGCCUUGACCUCCUAGCCUCAAGUGGUCCUCCCACCUCAGCCUCCCAUGGAACUGGGACCACAGGCUCUCAUCACCAUGCCUGGCUAAUUUAUGUAUUUUUUUGUAGAGAUAGGGCCUUACCAUCUUACCCAGGCUGGUCUCGAACCCCUGGCUCAAGCAAUCCUCCCAUCUUGGCCUCCCAAAGUGCUGGGAUUACAGGCGUGAACCACUACGCCACAGUUGAGUUUAGAAUGUUUAUUUAAAAUCUUGUGACACUGAACUCAAUGACUAGUUCUCGGAAAACUUACUUUUUAAUAGUGUAUUGUGGUGUAAGGCCUGAAAUUAGGAUUCAUAUCAAAUUCUGUCUUUACAUCCAUUUAAAUCAAGAGGCCCUCAAAUGGCUGAACUCCAAGUCUCGUUCCCUGUCUGCUUCCGCAGAUGAAAUUCUCUGGCUAAACACUCUCCUUAUUUUAGGGAUCAGACACAGAGCCUGCUUAUCCCCAAACAGUAGGCUUCAGUUCCCUGCCAGCUCAAGGACAUAUUAUUCAGACAAGCCAGUCACACCCUCCCGUGGGAACCAGGGCUCACUCUGCACUUUUGUUACUACAAAGCCUGCCUCCAGCAGCCCCUCCUUGUUACCGUGUUUCGGAGUGUAGCCUCCACAUUGCCCUGCAUAGUGUGCAGGGUCCUUCUCCCCUGGACUGGAGUAUCUGUGACCAGUCAGCUGCUGUUGAUUGCAUCUGUCCUGCAUCAAGUGUUGUGUGUUCGGCCAUCCCCAUAUCUCUGGGGGCGGGGACAGAGGCGGGGGCAGGAGCGUGGGGGGAAGGAAUCCCUCUUUCAUCAAUGGAGUACAGAGUGUGAAUAAAACGAUUGGCAUCACAAACAGUAUGGCCCAUCCUUGAUUGAGGACCCCUGGUUAGCUUUAACUAGCUGCUCCUUUACUAAGUAGCUGGUUUUGUUUGUUUGUUUAUUUAUUUAUUUAUUUAUUUAGAGACGGAGUCUUGCUCUGUCUCCCAGGCUGGAGUGCAGUGGCGCGAUCUCAGCUCACUGCAACCUCCUCCUCCCGGGUUCAAGCGAUUCUCCUGCCCCAGUCUCCCAAGUAGCUAGGACUACAGGCGCCCACCACCACACCAGGCUACUUUUUGUAUUUUUAGUAGAGACGGGGUUUCACCAUACUGGCCAUGUUGGUCUUGAACUCCUAGACCUUGUGAUCCGCCCACUUCAGCCUCCCAAAGUGCUGGGAUUACAGGAGUGAGCCACCGUGCCCUGCCUAAGUAGCUGGUUUUAUAAGGCGGCAAGGACUGUUGAGAACAUCACUGCCAGUUGCUGGCCAGCUUGCCCUUCAGCUAAUGAGUUUUGUUAUCCCAGUAGGUGUUGCCACUUCUUCCCACCCUGAUGAACGUUAAUGGACUGUAUCUCCUUGUGAGGUCCCAUCAGGUGUGGCCCGUGUCGGCCAGGUGGUUUCCCAGGAUUCCACCUGGGGGCAGCAGCAACACGACAUCCUAACGGGUGGGUGCCUGAGUUCCACUAGAGUGAGGCCAGACUCUGUGGUCUUUGGUCUAGCCUCAUGACCAUCGCUCCAUCACCGGCUGCUUGGGACAGCCAGGCAGACACUGUUUGGGAAAGUGUUCCAGCAUAGUCCUGUGGACAACCCUUUUUCCUUUCCCCAAACACCAGGGUUUUUGGAACCAUCACCUGGGAAGAUUUAGGAAUGGCUCCCUGGUGGUCUCCUAACAGCCUAAAGACCCCAUGGGCUUUUUUUUGGCGGUGUUGCUUAUCUGCAUGCCAAAGGACCAAUCCUGUGGGCAAGGGGCUCGAUGGCCCCACCUGGACCCUAGACAAAAUGAACGUACUAAGGGGAUCCCAGCACUGGGGAGAUUUGCCUGGCCUUGCUGGGGGAGCAGGAUGGCCGCCCACGGAGCCGGCUGCUGGUCUCCCUUUCCCAUAACCUCCCGGAAGAUCCACACCACGAAUGAUCUGAUGGGGACAAAAACCCCGGGACUCGAGGGACCGUUGCGGCGGACCCUUAAAACACCUGGCAAUCCCAUUAAAUUGAAACAUGGUACAUAUUUUGCUAUUCUAGUUUUGGCUAAUACGUUCUAUUUAAAGGGUCUCCCAGCCACAGUUUGCCAGCUGGCAGGCGGCGCCGCAGGAAGUGACCGGGCAAGAACGGGGGUCGCCGCCCAGCUCGGCCUUCUGGUCUCUGCACCCUCGGCCUGGGGCUCCAGGCCACAAGGGGAGGCCGUGCUGGGCGGGCCCGAAGGGGGUGGGCGGGGCCCCGGAAGUGACGUGGGGCGGGGCCAACGGACCGCGGAGGCGGAGCCGCUGCAGUCUGGGCGCUGGAGCGGUGGGAGCGGCGCUCGUCCGCCGUUGGGGACCCCAGCUCGCGCGCGUGAAGCAGCUGGCCGACCAAGCCCCGGAAGGCGAGUGACGGAGGGGGCCGGACAGCUCCUCCGGGGCCAGCGGGCACCAGGCUUGGGGGCUGAGGCCCAGCGGCCCGAGACCAACUGGGUGGACCGAGGCCGCCUCCCCGCCAGCCCUGGGGUCCACUGCCCGGGGAGCAGCUCCCUUCCGAGGUCAGACUCGGGCCUCAUCCUCUCUUGCCGCGCGCCGAGCGGUUUUCAACUCUCAUUGCUAGAAUUCCUCCAACCACCCAGGAUAGCAGGACCGAGAUACAUGGCCACCCAUGACCCGGAGCAUCCACUUCCAGGGACAGGCAGUGGUGAUUGGCUUCGGUUGUCAUCUGUGCCAUCUGUCCAUGGUUCGAAAAGCUGCUGUUCACGUUUUGGGGAGGAUCAUGGUUUGAGGGCUCCCGUGGUAGAAUUUGGGGAGCUCUCAUAGGCAGAAGGCUGAGAAAAGUUGGUGCUAUGGGAAGUCAGCUGGUAGCCGAUGGAGUCAGGACCCGGGAGGAAUGGAAAGGGAACCCAGAUAGGAAGCUACUGCAGUAGGCUCAGAGAGGUGAUGACGGCGGGGCUAAGACAGCGGCCUUGGGCGGUGACUGGGAAGAACGUUGAACACCGUGUUUGGGCUGAAGAAAAGAGCAAGGGAAGAGGUGAGGAACUUCAGGGCUUUGACUCCUGAGUCUGAAAAAGGCACAGAUUCCUGCUAAAUCUUGAACACUGACACCAGUCAAAGCCUCAUCUUCAGACCUGGGAGAAGGUGACAAUCGAAAUGAAAUGCUUUCAUGAGACGCAGGGCCAGUAAUUACAAUAUUCAAUCCCCCUAGGCCCAGGGACUAUCGCGGAAGAGGUGGGCGCGUGAGAUUGUAAGGGCCAACUUUGAGGGAUAAAAUUAGAGUUUUUCUGUAAACAUUAAUAUCAAAGGCACACUGAUGCCAGGCAAGCGUCCGGCCCCUGCGUCGGAAUAACAGUUUUCCUGGACCACUGAUCUACUCUUUAACAGAAAAUUGUAAAAGGUUAUACAAGGCGUAUGGAAAUCUUACUUCGUGGUCAAACUGAUUAAAAUUAGAUUUGUUUAUAAGGCUUUAUUAGCUUUAACAUUAAUAAUACCCCUAAAACAUUAAUAAGAGAUCAAAGAUUUUUGUUUACCUUUUAAGUAAACUGCAGGAAAAAAAAGGAGAGAGACAGACAUUUAGUUGGCUUCCUGCUGUCUUCAUUGGAUCUUACAGUUGGGGAAACUGAGUCUCCUUCAUAUCAAUGAGUAAAAGGUCUUUGGUGUUUUGGUUUUUUGUUUUUUUGGUUUUUUUUGAAAUCUUUGAAUUAUCGUUUUGGCUAAAUGAAUAAUAUUUUAUAAUGAACUGUGAUCCUAUUUUGUGGCAUCAAAUGUUUUAAACUUUUGAUAUUCGACUGAUGAACUUCCCAACAUCAAAAUUUCAACUUCUGGCCGGCUACAGUGGCUCAUGUCUAUAAUCCCAGCACUUUGGGAGGCUGAGACCAGGCAGGCAGAUCAUUUGAGUUCAGGAAUUUGAGACUAGCCUGGCUAAAAUGGUGAAACUCCACCUCUACUAAAACUACAAAAAUUAGCCAGGUGUGGUGGUGUGUGCCUGUAAUCCCAGCUACUAGAGAAUCACUUGAACCUGAGAGGCGGAGGUUGCAGUGAGCUGAGAUUGCACCACUGCCCUCCAGCCUGGGUGACAGAGCAAAACUCUGUCUAAAAAAAAAAAAAAAAAAUCAAGUUGUAAAUUCAGUCUCUUUGACCUUAAGCUAACUUAAAAAAAGGCCAGCCAUGGUGGCUCACACCUGUAAUCCUAGCACUUUGGGAGGCCAAGGUGAGUGGAUCACUUGAGGUCAGAAGUUUGAGACCAGCCUGGCCAACAAGGUGAAACCCCGUCUCUACUAAGAAUACAAAAAUUAGCCGGAAAUCACUUGAACCCAGGAGGUGGAGGUUGCAGUGAGCUGAGAUUGUGCCACUGCACUCCAGCAACAGAGCGAGACUGUCUCAAAAAAAAGAAAAAUUAGUGGUGGAUGCAGUGGCUCACACCUGUAAUUCCAGCAAUUUGAUAGGCUGAGGUGGGCAGAUCACUCGAGCUCAGGAGUUUGAGACCAGUCUGGACAACAUAGUGAGACCUCGUCUCUACAAAAAAAAAAAAAAAAAAAAAAAAAACCAACCAAACAAAAAACCCAACAACAACAAAAAACAUGAAAAUCUGGGCAGGGUGGCAUGUGCCUGUAGUCCCAGCCACUCUGGAGACUGAGAUGGGAGGAUUGCUUGAGCCCAGGAGAUCAAGGCUGCAGUGAGCUAUGCUGUGAUUGCACCACAGCACUCCAGCCUGGGCUACAGAGUUUUGGAGACCCUGUCUCCAAUAACAACAACAAACAAAAAAUAAUAUAUAUUUUGAAAAGAUAUUAGGUCCUCUGGCUGGGCGCGGUGGCUCCUGUAAUCCCAGCACUUUGGGAGGCCAAGGUGGGUGGAUCACAAGGUCAGGAGAUCGAGACCAUCCUGGCUAACACAGUGAAACCCCGUCUCUACUAAAAAAAUACAAAAAAUUAGCUGGGCGUGGUCAUGGGCGCCUGUAGUCCCAGCUACUCGGGAGGCUGAGGCGGGAGAAUGGCAUGAACCCGGGAGGUGGAGUUUGCAGUGAGCCUCCAGCCUGGGCGACAGAGCGAGACUCUGUCUCAAAAAAAAAAAAAAAAAAAAGAUAUGCGGUCCCCUGAAGUCCAAAAGAGACAUAUUAGGCUUAUUUGGUAUAUUAAAAUUACACAGGAAGCAUUGUCAAAUAUGAAAUGGUGUUUAACCUUCUUUGGGUUAUAUUUAUAUAAAUGUGUUAUAAAUGUGUGCCAAAAUUACAUGGCAUUCCUAAAAUCCUGAUAUGUCUUAGUAUAUGCCAUUAGUAAUAUGUGUAUUAUGUUAAAUUGUUGUAUGCCACAGAAAUAACCAGAUUUCCUUGACAAUUGUAUCUUUAAUGUGUCUUUGACUAGAAUGUCUUAAAAAUUUUAUCAUCUACGAUUAUUGUUUUAAUGGAUUCUUCUCAAAAAGCGGCUUACAGUCAACUACGGUCCAAAAUUUGCUCCUUGGAAGACUCCUGAAUGCAGGUUUCUGAUGAUGUCAGAGAGACUGUGCUGUUGGAUUAGACAGAAAACUUCUAGGACUCUAAUUAAAAGGCUGAUGUGGUCAUAAAGAUUGCUAACCCAGUAUGAAGCAAAACAAGAGUUAAUUGCAUGGACUGAGCUAAUAGAGGACUGAACUAAUUCUUUUGUGGCUUUUUUGGUUUGAAACAUUGCUGAUUCUUUUUGUUAUUCAGUGUCAAAUUUUUUUUCUCUUGAGCUAUUUGUAGCCCUUAACAAUUGAGUAUACUCUUGUAAAUAAAAUUUAAAGCAGAUUUCUUGCUGUCUGCUUGAUUUCUCCAGAAUUCAAAAACUAUUUGCGAAUAUUCUUAACUUGUGGCAAUAUAGUUAUGUGCAUAAGUUCAAUAAGAAUGUUUUCUUUUAUAACAGCACAUAAUUGGAGGUACUGGUUUUCUGACCAAGGGUUUAACUGGAAUGACAUUUUUAGAUAUAAGCAGACUGCUUUGAGGAAUUGAGAUUGACUUUAUAGAGCUGAUAAAUGUCCCUUGGAAAGACUGGCCUCACACCUCUCUAUGUAGUUCCUUUGCAGGAUUCCUGACCUGUGCUAAGUAAAGAAUGUCACUUUCUGACAGGCCCAGGAAUCUAAAGUUACUUUGACACCUUGAGAGGAGAGGAAUUCACCCAAUUUGUACAGGUAUCUGCAGGCACAGAUACAUUAUUGGCUGAGCUUGAGAGGCCUUUAAAAGUUGAAUCUGAGAUUCCUUUUGAAAAGUUCCAGCAAAGCCAACUUAAAAGAGCCUAUAUGGACAAUAAUUCUUGCUGUACUUUACGCAAAUAAUCUGGCUAAGUAUAAUAAGACUAAAACUUAAUUUGCAAAUAAAUUGGUCUUACCAUGAUUUGUCUUUGGUAGAGAUGGGGAACUGGCCAGAGAAAAAUUAUGUUUCAGAAGAAGACUGUAGUAUACCUGUUAUUACAUUAACCUAUGAUUCCUGGGUGGCAACCUGGAGCUGCAGCUGUGCUGCAUUCAGUUAUUAAAGGUAAAGUGUACCAGUGGAAUUUUUUGUUGUUGUUGUUUUAAUUUUUUUUUUUUACUUUUUUUCUUUUUAAUAGAAAGCCAUUGCAAGAACCAGUGGAAUUUAAAGAUGGAUCAAAUUCCUGGGGAGUUGGACUACUGGAUGCAUAAGGAAAUCCAAACUAAUAAGGAAAAAGUGAAAUAUUCAUUCCUCAGUUAUUGUUAUCUAUAAUAGCUAAAAUUAAAGUAAGAGUGCUGGAUUGGGCCUUGAGGCUGGACCAAGCUCAGAUGUGGGUCUGAGUUUAGAUCACUAGCCUCAAAGCCACCCACAAAAGAGGUAGUUUCUGGUGCCUCUCAGACCUGUGGUUUCCAAGAAGGUAGUCAAGGUAGGGAAAGGCAAAACGAAGUAACUACUGAAGCCAAAUGGUGUGAUGUGAAGGAAGUGUUCCCUUUUGUAGACUGGUAUCAUCAGCUUCCUUGAGGCACCUUUCCUAAUAAUGGAUUGUGAGAAUAACUAAUUUGGAAGCAGUGUCUUUUGUUUUAAAUGCUGCAGAGUGGAAGAGCAUGUCUGGUUAAUGUAGGGCCCACAGCUCACAAUUGAACAGUCGUAGAAGGAUAUAUAAUUCAGACACACAGGAGGUUAUUCCUGAGCGUGGACUGGAUAAAAGUCACUGUAAGAUCUGUUUACCCGAGAUAAGUGGAACUGCCCAACUCCACUUAUCAAUGCCACCUGGAGCACCUCAGAUGAAGCAGCUGAUAUGCUUUGUACGCUAGCCAUGGGGGCCUGGCUUUAAGAGGACAGGAAUUUUAAUCUUACAUUUUGCUUUUUGACCCUUGUGUUGCUUAAAAGGUUUUCAGGAUUAAUGAGUGCCUACCCACCACCAUUUCUAUCUGGCCUAGAAUGUUUAAUUGAAAAUCAGUCUUUUGAUUCUGAGUCCCUUGGCCAUAGAAGUCCCACUGAGGGAUAGGAUGGACCCAGAGCAGGCAGCCAUACCACCCCAGCAAUGAUAUGGGACAAAAUAAAAGCUUGGCUAUUGAUGCUGCCUCUGGCAUAUCUUGACCAAAAGGGGCCAAACUAAAAAUAAAGUCCUAAGCCUGUCAUUGACUGAACAGACCCAUUUGUGACCAAGGGGACCCCAGUUGCCAGGAGACAAAUCUUACCUGGGGAAAAGUCUUGCCCCUUGCCCUGCUGAAGAUAUGAAUACCCCAGAAGUGGGUUGGCUCCUAGCCCCUUUGAAAUACUGUACAGGAGACCAUUUCUCCAGAUUCCCUGAUACUUGAGGAUUUUUCCUCUCCAGAAAGAGAAGCUAGUUCAUAUAUAAAAUCAUUAGGAAGUAUGUUAACUAGUCUCUGAGUUUCCUUCUAACAGGUUCCAAUUCCUUGUGCCUCUUUAUUCUUUGAAACUGGGGAACCAGGUCAUGCUGAAGACCUGGCAGUCCCACCAGGCUCAAGACCAGCUGCAAGCACAAUGGGUCAGCUCCUUUGCGGUGCUGCUGACCACCCACCCAUCUGUCAAGUUUGCCAGUGUUACCCAUGGACUCACCGUACUGGAGUAAAACUAGUCCCUCUGGGAUCCCUCUAGAGGAAACACUCAUGGUCGUGUGAACCCUUCUACCGCCUUAAGUUAGUAUUCAAAGCCCAGCCAAAGACCUGAAAUAAGAAACCAUACAGAGAACCCAGAGCUCUGAGGAGUCUUCUCUUGGAUUCCCCAAGGGAUCCACUCCAUAUUCUGAGGCCCAGUGUAAUCACAGAGGUCCUUCACAGUUGCCCAGGAAGUCCGUGAAGACACAACUUUGGAAGAAAGGCACCGCAUAAAUGCUGCUGGCUUUGACAAAUGCAGGAAGAGGCCAAGGAACAGGGCAGACCCAAGAAGCUGGAAAAGGUGAGGAGGCAGAUGCUUCCCUCACGUGUCCAGGAAGGCAUUCAUCAGCCCUGCUGCCACCUUGAUUGUAGUGCAGGCAGAUCUGGUUCAAACUUCUGAUCUCCGGAAAUGUGAGAUAAUCCAUUUGUAUUCUUCAAGCCACUAACUUUGUGGUGAUUUGUUACAGCAACAACAGGAAACGAAUCCCUUUGGAAUGGGAAUUGCUGUCCUAUGCCUGACCCACCAUCAUAUUUUGGAAGCACAUUAAUUUCCCAGGCCCACUGGCGGAGAGGAAUCUGCCUUAGGAGAAAUCUUGCCCGGAGUCUCACCUGUAUCUGAUUCAAAUGAGACUCUGGACUCUUGACUUGGUGCUAGGACAAAUGAAAACAUUAAACCUGUUGGGAUGGAAUGAAUGUACUCUGCAUGUAAAAGGACAUGAAUUUGGGGGGCUGGAGCAGAAUGCUAUGGUUUGACUGUGUUCCCCAAAGUUCAUGUGUUGGAAACUUCAUUCCCCAUCCAGCAGUGUUGAGGGGGCGGAUUUUUAAGAGGGCAUGGGUCACGGGGCCCUGCCCUCAUGAAAGCGUUAGUUAUCGCAGGAGGGGUUCCUGAUAAAAGAAUAAGUACAGGCCCCUUCCCCCCUCUUCCUCUCCUGCAGGCAAGCAUGCCCUCUUGCCCUUCCACCUUCCACCAUGGGAUGAUGCAGCAAGAAGGCCCUCACCAGAUGUGGGCCCCUUGACCUUGGACUUCCCAGCCUUGAGAACUGUAAGAAUAAAUCUUUGUUCUUCAGAAAUUA